AUGUCAUCAUAUCUGAAGGAACUGGAGAAAUACAGAGACAUAGAUGAAGAUGAGAUCUUGAGGACCUUGAGCCCCGAGGAGCUAGAGCAGCUGGACUGUGAGCUACAGGAAAUGGACCCGGAGAAUAUGCUCCUGCCAGCUGGACUGAGACAACGUGAUCAGACAAAGAAGAGCCCAACAGGGCCACUGGACCGAGAUGCCCUUUUGCAGUACCUGGAACAGCAGGCACUAGAGGUCAAAGAGCGUGAUGACUUGGUGCCCUUCACAGGCGAGAAGAAGGGGAAACCUUAUAUUCAGCCCAAGAGGGAAAUCCCAGCACAGGAGCAGAUCACCCUGGAGCCUGAGCUGGAGGAGGCACUGGCCCAUGCCACAGAUGCUGAAAUGUGUGAUAUUGCAGCAAUUCUGGGCAUGUACACACUGAUGAGCAACAAGCAAUACUAUGAUGCCAUCUGCAGCGGAGAAAUCUGCAACACCGAAGGCAUUAGCAGUGUGGUGCAGCCUGACAAGUAUAAGCCGGUGCCAGAUGAGCCCCCAAAUCCAACAAACAUAGAGGAGAUACUAAAGAGGGUUCGAAGCAAUGACAAGGAGCUGGAGGAGGUGAACCUCAAUAAUAUACAGGACAUCCCAGCACCCAUGCUAACUGAGCUGUGUGCAGCAAUGAAGACAAAUACCUACGUCCGGAGCUUCAGUCUGGUGGCUACAAGAAGUGGUGACCCUAUCGCCAAUGCAGUGGCUGACAUGUUGCGUGAAAAUCGUAGCCUCCAGAGCCUCAACAUCGAAUCCAACUUCAUUAGCAGCACAGGGCUCAUGGCUGUGCUGAGGGCAGUUCGGGAAAAUGCCACACUCACUGAGCUCCGUGUAGACAACCAGCGCCAGUGGCCUGGUGAUGCAGUGGAGAUGGAGAUGGCCACUGUGCUAGAGCAGUGUCCCUCCAUCGUCCGCUUCGGCUACCACUUCACACAGCAGGGGCCACGAGCUCGGGCAGCCCAAGCCAUGACCCGGAAUAAUGAACUACGUCGCCAGCAAAAGAAGAGAUAACACUGCCUUUUCAUCUACCAACUAGAGCUGGGAGCCCUGGACACUUAAAUCCUUAUCUAUCCCCCUUCCUGUAAAUAAAGGCCCUUCUGUCCACUCUGCCUGCCUUGGGCUUUGGGGUAGGAAUCUUGGCAAUAGCCCCCAAGGGUUACUGCCAGUUCACCAGGGGAUUAUUUAUACUCCGGGGAUCAGCAGGCAGGGAGGU